AUGGCACAAAUAGUGUCCGAGACUGGCUUGGAGCUGUGCCAUCAGAGCGGAGAUCAUGACGUAAAUGGUGCUCUUUCCAACCAGCUGGUAAAAUCACUCUCGUUGAAGGACCAUAUGGAUUGUGGCGAUUUGGAAUGUUUACGGACCAACCGUGGAUUAUCAAAUUCCUCUAUACACAGUCCUCCCGCUAACGGGACUAUGGACCAUAGUGCAAUCGACUCUUCUGUAUCUUCUGCAUCCUCACACUCCCCUUCACCAGUUCGCUCUAUCGUUGCAUCACCGUAUGCUUCCGCAACUGUCAGGCGAUUGUUUCGUCGUAAUGAAACCCCUUCGGUAUCUGAUGCGAUUCGUACACCAUUUGACUCGGAUUUGCUCAGUGAAUCUACCGCUGUGAUGACCCAACUCAAUCAAAGACCCCCACAGCACGAAGAAAACUAUCCGGAACACCUUAAUCCUUUCUCAGAUGAAGAUCCACCGACGGCUCGUUUACCUGUAUUGCGUUCGACUGAUUCAAUCGUCACGCCUUUUGAUGAUUUGGUAAAUGAAGGUGAUGAUGCUACUCGAAUCGAUUCCCCACUUAUGUUCAGUCGAGCUUCGCUUUCUGCCAGCAAACUGAGGGAUAGCCCUUCCUUGAGCAGUACAAUCCCCAACAGGCGGCAAGCUCCUCCUCGUCCUCCUAAACCCAAUGAGUCUUUAUUGUUGCGACGAAAUUCCCACAACCGACUGAACUCAAUCGAGCCCGGAACACCUCGACCGCUUGACAGGUCACAGUCUCUUCGAGGAUCGCGACGUUCUUUUUCUACCGGCCCUCGUCUAGAUUGUAAUACUCACCGAAUGGUACAUGGAGAUACAAAAUCAGUCAUUCUCAAAAGACAAGCACCACCCCUACCCGUUCCCGGUAAACGGGUUAUCAAAGCGGAUCCUGAAGACGAGUUUAUUAGCUAUGGAGAUCUUCAUCGAAAACUUCAUGAAAUUCAUCAAAAGUUGACGGAAACUGAACGAUCUUCCCGUAUGGUACAUAUGCGCUUGAAGCAAGGAACGGCUAAACACAUAAAUGUAAACGAACUUCUGGAGCAAUGGACGAAGUUGGCAGAUGUGAAAGAAUUUCUGCUGAAACAAGAAGCGAGUCUUCUUGAGCGUUUGCGUCGUCAGGAGUUGGAGGAAAAACAUGCAGAUUUGGAACAUGAACUCAGAUUACUCCUUGCCAAACAGGAUGCAUUAAAAACAACUGAAGAAAAGGCCCGGGAGGAGAAACUACUCUAUGAUUUGGUGACCACAGUAGAAAAACGAGCAGAAUUGGUGGAUCAUUUAACAGAAGCGUGA